GGAUAUUCCAAUGUAAAGACUAAAGACCACUCCAGCUCAGCUGCAAGCCACUGCGUCUCUCUCUCCUUUUCGUUUUUUUUUUGGUUUUUUUUUAUCUACAAUCUCUCAAACCCUACUCCCCCUCCUUAUCUUGGUGAUGGCGUCUUCCACACCACCAACCUUGACCACCACGAAACCAUAUCAGAACCACCAUAUACAAGGCCUACAGAACCAUCACCGCCGUACACACAAUGGCCACAACCCACAUCAUCCAUCCCCCAAGGUUUCUCUUCACCCUCCAACACCCACAAACAAACCCCCCGUCCCCGUUCCUGCCACCGUCACAGCCGGUGGCUCGUCUUCUCUCCAGCACCGUAACUCUACUUUUGCCCCUCUUUCCUCCUCAAAAUCCGAACUUGCGGCCGAUUUUUCUGGUCGGAGGUCAACCCGGUUUGUUUCCAAGAUGCAUUUUGGCCGGCCGAAAGCUGGAGGCUCCAGUAGGCAUUCUGUGUUAGCCGAAGACGCCCUCCAACAACUUAUUCGAUGCAGCGGUGAUGAUCGAUUGGUCGAAAGUGUGUUGCUCAAUUUCCAAUCAAAACUAUGUGGGUCCGAUGAUUAUAAUUUCUUGUUGAGAGAAUUGGGCAAUAGAAAUGAGUGGUCAAUGGCGAUCCAGUGCUUUGAGUUCGCAGUGAGUCGCGAAAGGAGACGAACGGAACAAGGUAAGCUAGCUAGUUCAGUGAUCAGCGUUCUUGGUAGAUUAGGGAAAAUCGAUUUAGCGAAAAAAGUUUUCGAAACAGCUGUUAGUCAAGGGUACGGAAACACUGUGUACGCUUAUUCGGCUUUGAUCAGUGCAUAUGCGAAGAGUGGGUUAUGCGAUGACGCCAUAAAUGUGUUCGACACUAUGAAACUCUCUGGGCUGAAACCAAAUCUUGUUACUUACAAUGCGUUAAUUGACGCUUGUGGCAAAGGAGGUGCUGAUUUCAAGAGAGCCUCCGAGAUCUUUGAUGAUAUGUUGAACAACGGGUUUCAACCUGAUCGAAUCACAUACAAUUCUCUACUUGCUGUUUGUAGUGGUGGGGGGUUAUGGGAGACUGCCAUGAAUUUGUUUAACGAAAUGAGUUACAGAGGAAUCGAGCCAGACAUAUACACUUACAACACCCUUUUAGAUGUUGCUUCCAGCGGUGGACACAUGGACUCUGCGUUUCAAAUAAUGACAGAAAUGGCAACGAAGAACAUCAUGCCGAAUGAAGUCACUUACAGUACAGUGAUUCGUGGGUGUGCCAAGUCUGGGAGGUUAGACCAGGCGCUAGGUUUAGUGGGUGAAAUGAAAUACGCAGGCAUUCGUCUGGAUAGGGUUUCUUACAACAAUCUGCUUGCUAUUUAUGCUAGUUUAGGUAGGUUUGAGGAGGCUCUUAAUGUGGUCAAGGAGAUGGAAAACACCGGGUUCAGAAAGGAUGUUGUAACCUACAAUGCACUUUUAGAUGGGUUUGGAAAACAAGGGAGAUAUGAUAAGGUGAAAGAGCUGUUCAAGAGGAUGAAAACGGAGAGGGUUCCUGCUAAUCUGCUGACCUACUCAACACUGAUCAGUGUGUAUCUGAAAGGCGGUAUGUAUAAAGAUGCUACAGAGAUGUACAAGGAGUUCAAACAUGAAGGUUUGAAAGCCGAUGUUGUUUUCUAUAGUGAAAUUAUCGAUUCAUUAUGUAAAAAAGGGUUGGUAGAGUCUUCUGCUUUGUUGCUGGAUGAGAUGACAAGGAAAGGGAUCCAACCAAAUGUUGUCACCUACAAUUCAAUCAUUAAUGCCUUUGGUCAGUCACCGAAUACUGGUUUUUCGAAUGACCCCAAACAGGAUGCGGAUGCUGUUGCUGAUGAAGAUAGAAUCAUCAAGGUUUUUGAGCAGUUAGCUUCUGGAAAUUUGAGUGUUGUAGAAAAGGGAAGAAAGGAGAUAAUAUGCGUGUUGGGAGUUUUCCGGAAGAUGCAUGAGCUGGAAAUCAAACCAAACGUGGUCACAUUUUCGGCUAUUCUUAAUGCUUGCAGCCGUUGCAGUACAUUUGAAGAAGCUUCAUUGCUGUUGGAUGAGCUGCGUCUGUUUGAUAAUCAAGUGUACGGAGUUGCACAUGGGCUUCUGAUGGGGUACAGAGAAAGCGUAUGGGUUCAUGCUCUGUCUCUUUUUGAUGAAGUCAAACGCAUGGACGCAUCAACUGCAUCUGCCUUCUAUAAUGCAUUGACUGACAUGCUAUGGCAUUUUGGACAGAAAAGAGGAGCCCAGCUGGUUGUGCUUGAAGGGAAGCGCAGACAAGUAUGGGAGAACACAUGGUCUGAUUCUUGCUUGGAUUUACAUUUGAUGUCCUCUGGUGCUGCACGUGCCUGUGUUCAUGCCUGGUUGCUAAAUAUAUGUUCAAUCGUUUACCAAGGCCAUGAGUUGCCAGCUUUAUUGAGCAUUCUAACAGGUUGGGGUAAACACAGCAAAGUAGUAGGGGAUUGUGCUCUUAAAAGAGCGAUUGAAGCUCUUCUUGGAGGGAUGGGGUCCCCAUUUAGGGUUGCCACAUCUAAUAUUGGCAGGUUCAUAUCACCUGGACCUGUUGUGGCUGCCUGGAUCAGAGAAUCAAACACCCCAAAUUUGCUUCUUCUCCAAGACGACAGAAGAGCCUCGGCUUCUCCUCAAACAUCAACCUUCAAAUUGCACCCACUUCCGCUUCCAUUCUAGUUUUUCUGCUCAUCAACCUUCAAAUGGUAGUUUUGUUGUGUUAGAUAUUAUUUAUAGUAUAAAAAGAAACAAGGGGAAUGGAAUGGAAUGGAAUGGAGGGUGUUAUCCCUGUAAAUUUAACCUAAAACAGUAAAUAGGCUCUCUCUCUCAUUUUCCUCA